CCGAUAGAGUUUCGUGCUGUUUGCGGGCUUUGCGCGGACGAAAUGCUGCGGAUUUUUGUGGUUUUGCUCAGUGCCGUGCUCGUGACGGGCGUGCAGAUCCUCCAGACCAACGGCGGGAAUUUCUCCCAACAGUUGAGCGAGAGGAAAUUCGAAAUUGACUACGAUAACGACACUUUUCUGCUGGACGGAAAGCCUUUUCGCUAUGUUUCGGGCUCUUUUCACUACUUUCGCGCGCCGCGUGAGACUUGGCGCCACAAGUUGCGCCUCAUGAAGGCCACCGGAUUGAACGCCGUGAGCACGUACGUCGAGUGGUCGUCGCACAAUCCCAAGGACAACGAUCAGUACGUGUGGAGCGGAAUGGCGGAUCUGGAGCACUUCCUGGACCUGGCGGUGCAGGAGGAGCUGCUCGUGAUCCUGCGGCCGGGACCCUACAUCUGCGCCGAGCGCGACAUGGGCGGCUUUCCCUACUGGCUCCUCACCAAAUAUCCCGCCAUCAAGCUGCGAACGUUCGACUCAAAUUACCUCAACGAGGUGGCGAAGUGGUACGCCGAGCUGAUGCCCAAGAUGCAGCCCUAUCUCUACGGCAAUGGCGGUCCGAUCAUCAUGGUCCAAGUGGAGAACGAGUACGGCUCCUUCAAGGCCUGCGACAGGGAGUACAUGAAGUGGCUCCGAGACGAGACGCUGAAGUACGUUCAGGACAAGGCGCUGCUCUUCACGACUGACGGAGCUUCCGUAAUGUCUUGCGGCGUGGUGGAAAAUGUCUUUGCCACCAUCGAUUUCGGGCCAGGCACGAACGCGGCCGCGCAGUGGAAGAUUCUGCGGCAGCACCAGGCCAGGGGGCCGCUGGUAAACUCCGAGUACUAUCCCGGCUGGCUGACGCACUGGCAGGAGAGCAUGCAGCGCGUGGACACGGACAAGGUGGUGAGGACGCUGGAGGAAAUGCUGCAGGCGAGCGCCAACGUGAACUUCUACAUGUUCUUCGGCGGCACGAACUUCGGCUUCACCGCCGGCGCCAACAAUGGCGGCAUCGGCGGCUUCCAGGCCGACGUCACGAGCUACGACUACGACGCCCCCAUGACGGAGGCCGGUGACGCCACGCCGAAGCUGCGCGCGAUCCGCAACACGAUCGCCAAGUACUUCUCGGCGCCGGCGCUCGAGAUUCCCGAGCCGGCGCCGAAGCUGGACUUUGGAAAAGUAUUCCUGACGCCGCGGCUGAACCUGCUGUCGCGCCACGCGCGCCGGCGGCUCUGUCGCUCGCCCGUGUUCUCGCGCAUGCCGGUGUCGUUCGAGGUGCUGGACCAGAACGCCGGCGUCGUGCUGUACGAGACGCCGCUGCCGCGCCUCAAGCGCGACCCCAGCGCCCUCACGAUCGGCAAGCUGCGCGAUCGCGCGCUGGUGUACAUCGACCGGCAGCUCGUGGGCAUCCUGAGCCGGGAGAACGACAUCGACACGCUGCCCGUCAGCUGGCCGCACUCGCCGGCGACGCUGCAGAUCGUGGUGGAGAGCCAGGGCAGGAUCAACUACAACGUGGCCAACGACUUCAAGGGCAUCCUCAGUUCGGUGAGCCUGGACCGCUCGGACCUCUUCAACUGGACCAUCACGGGCUGCCCGCUGGAGGAGAGCGACGAGAUCCUGGCGCUCACGCGCGACGGCGGCGACUUCAGGGGCUCCGUGCGCAACGGGCCCGUGUUCUUCGCCAGCGACUUCCAGCUGCGCGCCGACCAGCUGCUGGACACGUUCCUGGACACCUCUGGCUGGGGCAAGGGCGUGGCCUUCGUCAACGGCCACAACCUGGGCAGAUACUGGCCGCUCGCCGGCCCCCAAAUCACGCUGUACGUGCCGAAGGAGUUCCUGCUGGAGGGCCAGAACAGCCUCGUGCUGCUGGAGUACCAGCACAGCCCGGAAGAGCGCAGCGUGGCGCUCGUGCCGGCGCCGAAGCUGGACGGGAUGAAGUAAAGGACGCGAUUGCAGAGAGGAGUAUUGUAUUGAAAAUAAACCUAAACUCUUCA